AGAGAGAGAGGUUACACAGCAAUCAUUAGAUUCUACAGUUCUAACGUGUUGGUGCCAAUAAUCAAUUACAAGAUUGUCUAGUUUUAACUUUUGGGUAUCCACAAUCAAUUUGCAGGAAUGCUGACACUAGUGUAGUGUGGGCCUUUUCCCCCCGCUCUUGCCUCCCCCAUCAUCUUUCUUUGUUUCUUCCACUAUAUCAGAUUCUUUUGUUCAAUAAACAUCCUGAUCUCUAGAUCUCUUCUUCAUUGUCAUGUCACACCUCUCAUCUUUACUCAACUUCUUAAAACUUGCACCUUUAUUCUCUUCCACUCCCACCCUUCCAAGUUUGCAGGUUUAAUGGCUUCCUAUGCAUCCAAACCAGCACCUGCAAAAAAGCUCAGAGAACAUCUCCAAGACCAACAAGAGCCUUUCAGCCUACACACUUACCUUUCUGAACGAAGCUGGUUUGUGAAGACCCGGAGAUCCCCAAUGAGAUCACAUGGUUGUGACGUCAACAAGGGAAGAAAAGGGAUCUCUUAUGCUACAAGGAUUUUGGCUUCUGCAAUGUACAAGUUCAUUCCCACUAACAAUAGCCAGGAGCUUUCAAAUGAAAUCGUUUCUCCCACUCUCAGAAAGACCCAUCUAAUCGCAGAAAAAAGGGUCAUAUUCUCAACAAAAUGUUUAAACGCAUGUCUUUCGGCUGAUUAUAGCAACAUUGAAGAAAAUUGUUUACGUUCUAAAAGAAAUCAAGGCCUUGCUCAAGCAAGCCCUGCAAUGGCCUACGAAUUUGGGAAGUCAAACAGAGUGGAGGCUACUGCAGAUACAAUACUUCAGUGGAUAAGCAUGGAAGAGAGCAUGCAGCUCAGAACUGCAUCACUACUGAAAGAAGAGGGUGACUUCAAAACCAAGAAAGCCCUAUCAAGUUACACAUCCGUUGAGAGCAUAAGAGACGCAGGAGACUCCAUUGUCUCCGUUUCUCAAUUACAAUUAUUGAAAAACUCAUCGAUUGAGAAGAGGAGCCAUGUCAGUUUCGCCAAACCGAAGGGGGUAACUUUGAAGGUUUCUUCCGAGUCUUCUCAGUGCCUACGAUGCAAAAGGCUCUUGCAGCAAAGGAAGCAGCUUCUAUUUGAUUCUGAGAAGGAAGCCUUGGAAACCCAUGGAAGGAAUGAAAAAAAGGAGCAUACUCAAGGAAUAGCAGACACAGAAGAUAUGGAGAUAAUGAUCUGUGAGCAUAUCUGCUCAUGGGGGAAACAAGCUGGAGGCUUUACAAACAAAACCCACCAGAUGAAAUUUGAUUUCUCCGCAACAUUAGAAGAAUGGUGUGAUUUUCAUCAACUGAAGAGGGAGAUAGGCAUGAAGAUAGGAGAUUCUAUCAUGGAAGAAAUUGUCAGAGAAAUGAUUGAUACUUGAGCAAACACCUAGGGCCGGGCUUCAUGAAUUCUUCAAGUGAACAGGCUGGUUCCAUGAAAGGACUGAACAUGAAGAAAGCAUACAUACCUCGAACAAAUCUUGAGGAAGAGAAAAUCAAUCAACUUAUCCUGGACUGACAAGUUACAAGCUCCUCAUCUUUACUUCUUUCUUUGCUUACAGCUAAAAAGAAUGCUAUUUCUUCCAAGUUCAAAUAUAUAGAAGCUAACAGAUCACCG